CAACAUCAAUAUGGAUCAGAAAAGUCAAUAGUACUCUCUUUCAAUUGUAACACUAUUUUUUUUGUUUAUUUAUUAAAUUAUUAGUAGUUAAUAAUUUCUGUCUCGUCUCUCUCUGCUCGCGCGGAAGCGAAUAUACAUACAGUUUAUAUAUAUAUAUACACAAUGCUCGGCCAACCUUCGGCCUCUCUCUCUGUCACAUAAAUAUGGGCACGGGUAACAGUUUACUGUGCGCGCAACAGUAACUGUUUUCGUCGCCGGCUUCAAAACCCUAAUUAUAGCAGUGGCGGCUGCGGUUGCGUUUACAUCGCUGCUCAUGCGAUUUGCAGCUAGGGUUUUCAUUCCGCCUCUAAUAAUUUCGUAAUUAUGGAGAGAUCUGGAUGGAGAGAUCUCAACGACUUCGCUGACCGUACCAGCAGCUCAAUUUCUGAUGCGGCGCUGUUUGAUGCGUCCCAAUAUACUUUUUUUGGGAAAGGUGGGGUGGAUGAAGUGGAAUUGGGGGGAUUUGAAGAUGAAUAUGGCUCUGCGUCUGGAGUUGAAGGGGGAAUUGGUGGGGAAGAUGAUCUGAAUGAGUAUCAUCUGUUUGACAAAGAUGAGGGAUCGGGAUUAGGACAAUUAUCUGAUAUUGAUGACCUGGCUACUACAUUUGCUAAGUUAAACAAAGUUGUUUCUGGACCUAGGCAUCCUGGUGUUAUUGGUGAUCGAGGAUCUGGAUCUUUCUCAAGGGAGAGCUCAUCAGCUACUGAAUGGGCACGGGAAGCAGAUUUUCCCGAUUGGGGUGACCAUCACAUGUCAGACUCGGAAUACUAUGAGGAAAACAAGAGGUGGUCAUCACAGCCACAUAUCUCUUCAUUAUACCGCCGAGAAUCUACACCAUUAUAUAGAACAUCAUCAUAUCCUGAGCAGCAGCAACCGCUGCAACACUGUUCUAGUGAGCCCAUUUUAGUCCCAAAAUCAUCUUUCACUUCUUUCCCUCCACCAGGAUCACAACAAGCUUCACCAAAUAGUGCUCAUCAUUUUAGUUCGUCGUCUCUUUCUGGUGGACCCCAGUUGCCAUUUUCUUCUUCGAGCAACUCCUCAUUAGCUAAUUCUGCUCUUCUUUUGUCUGGCAUGCCACGUGGAUACCAUUAUAACCCAAACAUGUCACGAUUAUCCUCACCUAACAUCUCACGUCACAACCAACUUCAGAAUCAAUGGAGUAGUCAUGCUGGCGUUCUUCAUGGUGAUCAGUCUAUUCUCUUAAACAAUAUAAUGCAGCAUCAGUAUCAAAAUGGGUUAUUACCAUCACAUCUGCUGUCCCCACAGCAGCAGAGAGGACAGCUUUCAAUCCAACCAUCAUUACCCCAUUUUUCAGCAUUACAGUCUCAAAUAUAUAGCACCUACCCAUCUCCUUCACAGCUAAACAAGUAUGGAUUAACAGACAAGAAAGAAGCCAAACCUAAAUCUGGAAAGAGCAGACAUUCUGUCAGAUUUUCCCAUCAAGGGUCUGAUACUAGCAGCCAUAAGAAUGAGACUAAUAUUCCACAAAUUAGAUCUAAGUACAUGACUCCCGAGGAGAUUGAAAGCAUUCUUAAGAUGCAGCUUGCUGCUACGCAUGGCAGUGAUCCAUAUGUAGAUGAUUAUUACCAUCAAGCGAGACUUGCUAAGAAAUCUGCUGAAACAAGGUCAAGGUUUCGUUUUUGCCCAUCUCACCUGAAGGAACAAUCUUCCCGUUCCCGUAACAGUUCUGAACUACAGCCACAUCUCCAUGUUGAUGCUCAUGGAAGGGUUUGUUUCUCUUCAAUUCGCAGGCCACAUCCUCUUCUUGAAGUUGAUCCUCCUCCCUCUACUUGUGGGGAUAGUAAUGCUGAACUGAAAUCAUCUGAGAAGCCUUUGGAAGAGGAACCAAUGCUUGCUGCUAGGGUAACUAUUGAAGAUGGCUUGAGUCUUCUUCUUGAGGUCGAUGACAUUGAUCGGCUGUUACAGUUCACUCAACCCCAAGAUGGUGGGAGCCAGCUUAGGCGGAAACGCCAUGUUCUAUUAGAAGGAUUAGCUGCGUCUCUUCAGUUAGUUGAUCCACUGGGAAAAAGUGGAAAUGCGGUUGGGCUCUCCCCCAAGGAUGAUAUAGUGUUUCUACGUAUAGUUUCCAUGUCCAAAGGCCGGAAACUUAUUUCAAAGCUUCUUCAGCUUCUCAUACCUGGUAGCGAGCUGUGUCGAAUAGUUUGCAUGGCCAUUUUCCGCCAUUUAAGAUUUUUGUUCGGUGGUCUUCCCUCUGAUGAAGAAGCAACUAUAAGCAUUAACGAUCUAGCCAAAAGAGUCUCUCUAUGUGUUAGUGGAAUGGAUCUUAAUUCACUCAGUGCUUGUCUCGCAGCUGUUGUUUGUUCCUCCGAACAGCCGCCUCUUCGUCCGCUAGGCAGCUCUGCGGGAGAUGGUGCUUCUGUCAUUUUGAAGUCGGUUUUAGAAAGAGGCACAAACUUGUUAAGAGAUCCUCAGUUUGAUGGAAACUACAGCAUCCCUAAUCCUGCCCUUUGGCAGGCUUCCUUCGAUGCCUUCUUUGGUCUCCUGACAAAAUACUGUGUGAGCAAGUAUGACAGUAUAGUUCACUCAUUAGUUGUUCAAAGUGCACCCAACACGGACACAAUUGGUCCCGAGGCUGCAAAGGCUGUAAGUAGAGAGAUGCCUGUGGAACUUCUACGAGCUAGUCUGCCUCAUACUGAUGAGAGUCAGAAGAAAUUGUUACUGAAUUUCGCUCAGAGGUCGAUGCCCGUUACUGGAUUCAAUCCUCCUGGUGGAAACAGCGGGCAGAUAAAUCCCGAAUCUGUCCGAGGCUGAAAUGGAAAAUAUCUAGAAGCUCUGAAUUGUGAAAAAACAAUGUUCUGGAGGCCACUCUCUUGAGACAGAGCAUGUGUAUACGUUGGGCAGAUUUUAACGCCUUAAGAUUCUACAUCUUAGUCUCUUCUAAUGCCAAAAAUCCCUCUAACCCGACAUUCCACUCUGGUGGUGUCUCAUCCCUUUUAGGUCCGUGAAAGGGUUUCUUUGCUGCUUCAAUUUUAUUGCUAUACUAUCUUACCCCUCUUUAUUGUUAUACUUUCUUACACGACUGAGUUCUUUGUCGAAAGCCCUUGUAUGCUUUUAAAUCUAAAGAGCUUUUUGUUUUGACGCAUUUUCUGUAACUCUGGUUUGAAACCUUUGGACUCUUAAGGUUGAAAUGUACAGCUAAGGUAAGGCAUUGACGAUGGUGGUGUUUUCUCUCUUGUCCGUUUUGCUUCCUCCGUAGAAAUCAGGAAAGCCGGUGUCAUCCACUGUUAGGUAGGGGCAGUAAUGCAGCUUGGGAGAUGGUUGAUUUAGAGGAAGCUUGUAAUAGCAUCAAACAUUCUUGUAAGUUGGAUUUUCUGGGGUUCUACUAGCCCAUUUUUACAGGCUUUGUAGAUCUCUCUCUCUCUCUCUCAUUAAAUUGAGUUUCUCUCUGAUUUGCCAUAUUUUCCUUGUUAAGUAAUGGUAUAUUGUUGAACAAAUGUACUUUUGUUUGGUUGAAGAUGUUUGGCAGGUUUGGUUGAAAUA